AACCUAAAAGACAACAAUGUUUUGUCCCGUGAAUCCAGGCAAGUUGACACAGUAGGACAUAAACCUUAUGGUUUAGUGGAGAGGGGACAUUUUUGAACCAUGACUUUUUUUGUACCUAGCAUAUUUUAAUUUGUCUUAAACAUGUGACAUAUCUUUUUACUUUUCUUUCUUUUGACCUAACUAUUUUUAGACUUUUUUUCACAACAUUUUUCGACAAUGCUUUUCCAAAAAUAUUUCUUGUAUUGAUUUACUUUUUCAUUUAUAUUCCCAACCUUUUGCUGCUUUUUUUUCCAAAACAUUUUUUUCUGUAACUAUUUGCUUUCACAUUUUUUUUUGAAAAUUGACAUUUUUCGAAAUUAUAUGAUUUACCAAUUUUUAACUUUUCUAUCAAUAUUUUUUGACAUUACAUAUUUGACUUUUCUCCCCCAGAAUUUUGACCUAAUAUUUUUUUUCCUGUUUUUUGACAACAUUUUUAGCGUUGAAAAAUAUAAUAUAUAUUGUUUUUCCGACCUAAUGGCCUUUUCUUAUUGGUUAGAUGCAUUGUUUUUCAAAGUUGUAGUGUUUGGACAUAAACAAGUUAAACUGAUAUAAUUGUGAUAAAUAUAAAAAGUGUAUGUAUUUCAAGACUAGUGGGUUCUUGGCAAGAAUAUAACGCUAUUAACCGCGAUCAAAUCAGCUGUGUUAACUGACCCGGCGUGUCUUAAUGAGGACGUUACUCGCCGCUGGAAAUAAUGCGAUCGCUGCACGCUGCAAUGUCAUAUUCCGAGGGGGCGUGAGACUUGAUGACGUCUGGCAACGCCACAGCCAAUGCCUACGAAGUGACUCGGGCGAACCGGAAGUCAACGGAAUAGCUUGUUCCCGCCCCCACCCCCUCCCUUCCCCGACUUGCCCAUUUGUCACAUCGUGACCCGGACAAGCCCGAACACACCAGCCCAACACACGCCGCCCCUCUCCGGACUCAACAGGGACCGUCCUGCCUCCAGGUGGAUGGCCGGCCGCAGUCACACGGAGACGACGGCAUCCAGGGAGCUGAAGCGAGGCAUGUGAAGGAGGCGAACUAUGUGCUCCACGGAAACCAACGCGGACCUACAACAGACACCGUCCGACCCGGCUCUGGUUCUGGAGCUGAAGACGAGGCGCCCUCCGGCCCUGGAGGGCCGGGCGGGAUGCGAGACGUGGAGCGUGGACUUCUCGCCGGACGGAGCGUGGUUCGCCUGGUCGAUGGGACACGGGAUCGUCUGGGUGGUCGCCUGGCCUCUGGACUCGGAAGACAGUCAGAACGGAGAGACGGACCGAGGAGACAAGAGCUUCAGUUGUGGCCACCCGGUGUGGGGCCUCGCCUUCGGGCCCCGCCCUCCAAAAUCGGCCUCAGCGGCGUGGCAGCCUAAGGCGCCGUCUCAAGGAAACGGCAGCCUGCUCCUGGCCACCGGCCUGCAGAACGGGGUGAUCAAAAUCUGGAGCGUGUUCACAGGCGACGUCGUAUUUGACCUCCAUGGCCAUGAAGGCGUCGUGAGGGACCUGGUCUUCCCUCAGAACGGGACGCUCACGCUCAUAUCGACUUCUCGGGACAAGACUUUGAGGAUUUGGGACCUGGCUCAGAAAGGUAAAAAGGUGCAGGUCCUCUCCGGCCAUAAAGACUGGAUCAGCUGCUGCAGCGUGUCUUCAGACUGCAGCAUGAUUGCCUCUGUAGGCAGAUUUGACCGAAUGGUGUGUCUGUGGAGUCUAAGGUCAUACACCUUCAUCAGGAACCUUGCAGGGGGCAUCCACAAGACCUUGUACCUCCUCUCCUCCUGCGACUUCUCCCCCGACGGCGCGGUGCUCGCCACCGCCGCCUUCAGCGGCUCCAGCUGGUGGGUCGACCUCUGGGACCCGUACACGGCGGAGAAACUGGCCACGCUGGCCGACUUCUUUGACGAUUACGGGCAAAACCAGAUCUCGGCGAUACAGUUCUCUCCCAGCGGCUUGCACUUGGCGAUGGUCACCGACGACAGAGCUCUCCGGGUCUGGGAGCCGGGGCAGCGAGGGAUGGAGAUGCAGACGAAGGUCGACCGAGACUCCAACGGGCUCUGCUGCAAGUACCACCCGAAGGGGGGAGUGGUCGCCACAGGAACCAGAGACGGCCACGUGAGGUUCUGGAAGGCGCCGAGGACGGUGCCCAGCCUCUGCCACCUGUGCCGAUCCGUCCUGCGCCACUCUGUCUCCACCCACCAGAUGGAGCCGCUGCCCCUCCCCAAGAGGAUCCUCCAGUACCUCACCUACAGGAACAUCCCCGAGACCUGCUGCUCCUCCGACGAAGAGGACUGGGAACAUUAACACAAUGCAACACGUGACAUUUGAAGCGAGGGCUUCUUAUGCGUAAUUAUCUAAUUUAUUUUGUGUUUUGCUGAUCGAGGUGUUUGCACAGCUCACGAAGCGUCUCUUAACGUAAUGUACUUUAGAUGAAGCAUUCCUAACUUAAGGAUUCCCUUUAUUGCACUAUAAGAUAAUGCAUAUCAUGUUCACUUGUAUAUCACAAUUUUAUAUUAUAAUUUAUUGUGUAAAUAUCAGACGUACACAAGUAUUUCUGUUUAUCACAAAGCGGCACACACACGUGUAUCCACUGCACUUUACCUGCACAUGCUAAUUGUUGAUAGAAGAUGACAGAAACUGGACAAAAGGAAAUAGUUUUAUUAAACAGAUUCUAACACA